UCGCAUUCUGCGUAAACACACGUUUUGUGCUAGUCGGAUUAAAAGUAUUACUUGUGGUUAUCGCAUCUGGGUUCGAUUCCCGGCCUUGGCGUGUGUGCGUUUGGUUGGUGGUCACCAAGCUGGACAAGUGGAUUUUCUCCGGGCAACUUUCUUCUAAGGUUCUAGCUAAGAACAAAAUGGUUUAGGAAUGUAUGCAUUCAUACGGCAUUGUACAAAUUACGUUAAUUAAUCGUCGGAUCGAAGCCAUGUGGACACCAGUUCUGUAUGCGAUAAUUCUACUCCUAUUAAAUAUUCAUUACGGGAUCGCAUACAAACUAUACAACAACGAAGAGCUACCAGUGUCAGACAUAAAAACAAAGUCAAAUCUUGGAGAUACCGUUUCCGUUCCCGAUGAAGAAAACGAUAACUUGUCGCCUGGAUUAAUUGUAUUCCCUCCGAACACUCACCCAAAAAUUAUGAAACAAACCUUCACAAGAGAAGAUGGUCACAAUAAUGACACAUACAGUAGCCACGACGCAGUGCCAAUUGUUGAAAAGGCUGGCUUAAACGGAAAAGAAAAUUCAGUGUCUGAAGAAUGUGUAAUUGAAGUUGAAAAGCGUUCAGUGGAUAGAUUUCGUCAUUUGGUUUUCAGAUCUGACAGUAAUUUUGUCUUUUUAAAUUUAACUUCAAAAAAUGGUUCAGGUAUACAUUUAAAACGCGCCAAAUGGACAAUUUCAGAACAUAUUUGGAUAUGGACCUUUUCCGGAAAAGAAGGUGCUCUAGAAUUUCUCAAAUGGCCAGCUGAAUUUGGAAUUUGGUCAAUGGGGUUAUUGUACGAAUCAGUGCUAAGAAAACCAAUUAAUAUAUUACUGGAAAGAAAAGAAGGCAACUGUUCGAUAUUAGAAGUCGGAAAUAAGGAUGAUGAUCAUUUAAUUGCGAAAGCGUUAACAAAUUUAACACUUGAAAUGAUGGCGUUCGGCCCAGAUAAAUAUGGACCAAGUUUUUAUUGCUACCGAAAAAGAAUGAUAAUAGAACCAUACGUACUCUGCAAGCACAUUGUGUGUCCGACUGCGGCAGUAAAACACUCUUGCUGUGAUUUCUUCUUCAACAAAUCUUUAAAUGAGAGGGUAAUGGUCUGUAACGAAUUAGAAUUCGAUUACGACGAAAUGUGGUGGGUCUUUCCAAUCAUUCUUUCGACAGUAUUGCUGAUAUAUUCACCUUUAUUUCUCCUGUACAUACUGUGUCUCUAUUCCGAAAGGGAAAGCGGUCGUCUGCGAUUAAAUGUUUUGAAUGGGCUUACGGAGAACACUAUAACUUUUACACAAGACAACAACGAAUCUAUGAUUAUACAUUCUCACGAUGAGUAUAUCUUAUUCGAUGGUAUUAAUCAUGUCACUUUGUUAAACACUAUCUGUAUUCCUUUGAAUAUGAGUUUGGCAGCAAUUGGUUGUUUUACAGACGUUUUUAAGCGCUUGGUUAGACUUCUCAUUCCUGUAUUAAGCUUAACCUUUGUUGGACUGCAAGCAUUGUUAGAUUAUACUUUUUUGUUCGAUUUUGUACACGAUUGUGUUGAAUCUGGUGUACCUAUGGGUUUUCGUUCAAUGCUGACGGGCUAUGAUAAAAGUAAAUAUAUUUUUCUUCCCUACAUUGGUGGCCCUUUUGUUGCUCUGUCGUGUUAUUUAAUCAUCACUGGUGUGCUUGUUGUUGCACCCGGCGAUCCAGCUAGACUAUUGUCCGAUGCUGCAGUAGCUUCGAGAUCAUCACAAAACAAACCUGAGGCUUCGCCACUCUUUCUUAGUCUCGACGAUAUAGCAAUAUUCGGUUCGAUGAAUCUCAAGCACAACAAAGGCUUUCGUAAGAUAUUUGACAUUUUACUUUCCCAAUUCUAUAUGCUUAUAAAUGUGAAGUUCUGGAAACACAUUUUCAAAACUCAAACAGCGCGAUGGAAUGUUUAUAGUAAAUGUUGUCUGUGCUUUCUUUUCUUUCCUUUGUAUUUAAUAUUGUGUUGUGUAGAAAUUGUCUUAUCUGUAAUAAUAUAUGGCUUCCCGAUUGUAUCAUUUGGAAUGCUGUUAACUAAAGCAUAUUGUAUUCCUUUUAACAGAGGCGUUCGUAGAUGUAGAGAUCAUAUUUGCAUGUAUCUUUUUACAGGUUGUCUCAUUCUAUCAGUUUUAUAUUUUAUCUUCAUGUUUGCUACUAUUUUCUCUGAUGCUUCUUUGUUUCUUACACGUGUUGCUAUAUUUACAUUCACUGGCAUCAUCGUUUUUCCUAAAACGGCGUACGGAUAUAUGAUAUUUGGCUUCACUGUGUUUUACUAUCUUUGGAACUGUUUCAGUGAUUUUUCUAUGACUUAUAGCCGUCUCAUGAAGGAUAUUAUCAAAAUUACAAAGGGCUUGCAGCGGCAAAAUGAAAACACUCAGAAAAAGGUGCUUUUCAAACAUAAGGACAAAUGGGGGAUUAGAGAGUCCCUUUUUGAACUAGCCAUAGAAAACCACAGCCCUCGACGAAAAUUGUUGUUUUCGACGCUCCUCCGAGCAUUCGUUGUUCUCGGGUUACUGGGAAUUUGUAUUAACAUGCUUUUCAAAACGGACAGUUUCCGUGAGCUUCAUGUCAUAAUGCAUGUUGGGACGGCUUUGUUUAUUUGCGCUUUACCGCAGAUAGUGAACCGCGUUUGCAAGAAAAAGGACAGCGUUAAGGUAUUAAAGCGACGCAGAAAAGCAUUGGUCAACACAGUUAAGGCAUAUCUUGGGUAUUUUGCUGAUAGUGAAACGUCUGAUUCGGAAGUUAAUGGUGUUUAAAAGCAAAUAAAGAAUAAGAUAGCAUGGGCUUGUUCAUUUAGUUAAAGAUAAAUACCUUGAGGUUAACGUGCGAACUGCUGAUAAACAAGCUCGCUGUGUAAAAAAAGAGAUUCAGUUAAGAUCUUGGUCAUAUUCAUAGAUCAUCUUCGUUGAUAUUUUUUAAAAUUUUAUUAAUAACAUUAUUUAUGUAUAUUUAGGGUAUUCAAAAUAUUGUAAUAGUGGCUGUGUGUUGUUGUUUGUUGCUCAUUAUGAAAUGUUUGGUUUAACAACUUUGUUAAUGUCUUCAACUUUAUAAUAGAGUGUUGUUUUUUUUAAUCAAUUACCUUUUUAUGAAAACAUAUUGAUACAUUUUUCUGAGUUAGCCCCAGCCGUACCCAUAUUUACAUCACCAGUAAUCAUAAAAGUGAUUGUGUUGUUUUUGGAAGUGUAUUACAUUAUUAUGAAAAUAUAUUUCAUACUUUCACUAAUCGUUAAAGUGAUUUUGAUGUUUCUCGAAAUAUACUUCAUUAUUAUUAUAACAUUUCCAUUUUAAACACAAAUAACUCUAAAAGUGAUUGUUGGGUUCUGAAAAUAGAUUCCAUUAUUAUGAGUACACAUAAACACUUUUUCCUUGUAUACCAUCAAUGAUAGUAAAAGUGAUCAUGCUUUCUCUGAAAUUAUGUUACAUUAUCAUUGAAAACAUACUUAUACAUGUUUGUUUCAAAACACAUCAUUUAAUGUUUGUUUUUUAUCUUAAUGUGAUUGUUUUUUCAUCGUUUAUCGUUAUACAAAAUUGUGUAUUUG